ACUGGUUAUCGGUUACCGCUUGAUCACACACACGACUACACGGCUCCAGCGUGCACCGUGCAACGGUGCUUGCCCAGCCCUUCGCCGCCGCUCCUCACCUCUGCAGUGUUCCUUCCUUCCUGUGGAAGAAACCGCAGUAGGCAGUAGCAGAGCUGCAGAGCCGGAGAGGCCAGGCUCGCCGCUCGUGGGGAAGAGAUGGAGCACAGAAGAGUGAAGGAUCAGGAGAGUGAUGGCGUAUCUCAGAAGGACAUAGAGAACUUUGAUAAGAUAUCUCUUUCUAGCAAUACAUCAACUUCAAGUCUUAGCACUGCAGGAGGGCCGAAGGAUAGUUCGAAGCUAAAGUCCAUUGUUACACUUGCAUUGACAUUGCUAACAAGUUCCCAGGCAAUAUUGAUUGUAUGGUCGAAAAGAGCUGGAAAGUAUGACUAUAGUGUCACAACAGCAAAUUUUUCGGUGGAAACUUUGAAAUGUCUACUAUCACUUGUAGCAUUGUCCAGGAUAUGGAACAGUCAAGGUGUUACAGAAGAUAAUAGGUUAAUUACAUCGUUUGAUGAAGUUAGAGUUUACCCCAUUCCUGCAAUGCUUUACCUGGUCAAGAACUUAUUGCAGUAUUAUAUCUUUGAAUAUGUGGAUGCACCAGCUUACCAGAUUCUGAAGAACUUGAAUAUUAUCAGCACUGGUGUCCUGUACCGUAUAAUUCUCAAGAAAAAGUUAAGUCAAAUUCAGUGGGCUGCAUUUAUUCUUUUAUGUGCUGGAUGCACUACUGCUCAGCUCAGUCCCUCGUCAGACCAUGUUCUUCAGACCCCUAUUCAAGGUUGGGUGAUGGCAAUUGUGAUGGCUCUUUUAAGUGGUUUUGCAGGAGUAUAUACUGAAGUUAUCAUCAAGAAAAAUCCUUCAAGAAAUAUCAAUGCACAGAAUUUUUGGCUGUACAUAUUUGGGAUGCUCUUCAAUUUGGUUGCAAUUUGUGUCCAGGACUUCGAUGCUGUCAUGAACAAAGGCUUUUUCCAUGGCUACUCGUUUAUUACAGUUUUGAUGAUUCUUAAUCAUGCUUUGAGUGGAAUUGCUGUAUCAAUGGUGAUGAAAUAUGCUAACAAUAUUAUCAAGGUUUACUCAACAUCAGUUGCAAUGCUUCUGACAGCAACAGUAUCCGUCUUCUUAUUUGGCUUCCACCUGUCUCUUGCAUUCUUGCUUGGAUCCACGGUCGUUUCUGUGUCUGUGUACCUGCACUCAGUUGGGAAGCUGCAGCAACGGAACUAGGGUUUUUCUUCCUGCAUGCUGACGGAAGAGUGUUUUUCUUCGAAUGCCCUACAAGAUCAGGCAGUUGGAGCGCUGUAGAAUGUUUUUCUAGUAGCACUGUGAACAUUGUUGCACCAUGAGGGAGAACGUAAGAUGGAAGGCAUUCCUGUUCAUCAGAAGAAGAAUAACGUGCGAUCAUUUUUUUUGAAGGAAUAAGAAUUCGUAGCCAAAGGAAGAGGAUAGUCAUGAAGGGUACUAAACUAUGACAUAUGUUUGGUUCC